GAAGGCGGGGCCGGCGUGAGUAGCUGAGAGUCGGGCGCGGCGGUUGUGGGGCCGGUAGUGGCCUGGUGAGGCUCCCUUCUUUACUUGUAUCUUGGCCAUUUAUGAAGAGGUAAAAAUCAUUAAUUAGCUAGGUUUCAAAAAACAAAUCUAUUUAAUUUUUAACAAAGGUUGGUUGGUCAGAACUCUGCAGGCCACAAUGACUUCAACAAAUAAAGCAAUUGAAUUACAACUACAAGUGAAACAAAAUGCAGAAGAGCUGCAAGACUUUAUGAGGGAUUUAGAAAACUGGGAAAAAGAUAUUAAACAAAAGGAUAUGGAACUAAGAAGACAGAAUGGUGUUCCUGAAGAGAAUUUGCCUCCUAUUCGGAAUGGGAAUUUUAGGAAAAAGAAGAAAGGCAAAGUUAAAGAGUCAUCUACAAAAACCAAAGAUGAAAACACGAAAAACAGGAUAAAAUCUUAUGAUUAUGAGGCAUGGGCAAAACUUGAUGUGGACAGUAUCCUCGAUGAGCUUGACAAAGAUGAGAGUACCCAUGAUUCUGUGUCUCAAGAAUCAGAGUCAGAAGAAGAUGGGAUUCAUGUGGAUUCACAAAAGGCUCUUGCUCUAAAAGAAAAGGGCAAUAAAUACUUCAAACAAGGAAAAUAUGAUGACGCGAUUGAAUGCUACACCAAAGGCAUGGAUGCUGAUCCAUAUAAUCCUGUAUUGCCAACAAACAGAGCAUCAGCAUACUUCAGACUGAAAAAAUUUGCUGUUGCUGAGUCUGAUUGUAAUUUAGCACUUGCCUUGAAUAGAAGUUAUACAAAGGCUUAUUUAAGACGGGGUGCGGCUCGAUUUGCUUUGCAAAAAUUAGAGGAUGCCAAAAAAGAUUAUGAAAAAGUAUUAGAACUGGAACCAAAUAACUUUGAAGCUACAAAUGAGCUCAGGAAAAUUAAUCAGGCUUUAACUUCCAAAGAAAACUCCUGUCCAAAGGAAUCUGAUAAAAUGAUUAAGUCAGCUGAAGGAGAGAAAAAACACGUGGAAGAGCAACAGAAUAAACAGCAAGCCAUUUCAGAGAAAGAUCGGGGGAAUGCAUUUUUCAAAGAGGGGAAAUACGAAAGAGCAAUUGAGUGCUAUACUCGAGGGAUGGCAGCAGAUGGCGCUAAUGCCCUUCUUCCAGCUAACAGAGCAAUGGCCUAUCUGAAGAUUCAGAAAUAUGAAGAGGCUGAAAAAGAUUGCACACAAGCUAUUUUAUUAGAUGGCUCCUAUUCUAAAGCUUUUGCUAGAAGAGGAACUGCACGAACAUUUUUGGGAAAGUUAAAUGAGGCCAAACAAGAUUUUGAGACCGUUUUACUUCUGGAACCUGGAAAUAAGCAAGCAGUAACCGAACUUUCUAAAAUUAAAAAGGAAUUAAUUGACAGAGGACACUGGGACGAUGUCUUUCUCGAUUCUACUCAAAGGCAAAACGUGGUAAGACCCAUUGAUAAUCCACCUCAUCGCGGAUCAACUAAACCGCUCAAGAAGGUUAUUAUUGAAGAGACUGGUAAUUUGAUACAGACUGUUGAUGUGCCAAAUAGCACUACUCCUGCUGCUCCAGAGCAUAAUCCUAUUAAUCUAGCAAAUGUAAUAGCAGCCACAGGCACGACAAGCGAGAACUCAAGCCAGGAUGACCUUUUGCCCACAAGUGAUAUCCCAAAAGCAAAAGUAUUGAAAAUAGAAGAAAUCAGUGAUCCUUCAGCUCUGCAAUCUCAAGUCAGUUUGAAAAAGGAUGUAUGUCAGUCUUUCAGUGAGAAGAUUUCUGUAGAAGUAGACAGAACACCUGCUCAGGUUAUCAGGACUGUCCUUCCUCCAGUUCCUGCAAACUCAUUUCAGCUUGAAUCUGAUUUCAGACAAUUGAAAAAUUCACCAGAUUUGUUGUAUCAGUAUUUGAAGCAAAUUGAACCAUCCUUGUAUCCUAAGGUGUUUCAGAAAAAUUUAGAUCCAGAUGUAUUCAACCAGAUCAUUAAAAUUCUGCAUGACUUUUACAUUGAGAAAGAAAAGCCAUCACUCAUCUUUGAAAUCUUAAAAAGACUUUCUGAACUAAGAAGGUUUGAUAUGGCUGUGAUGUUCAUGUCAGAACCUGAGAAAAAAAUUACACAUGUAUUAUUCAAUCACAUAGACAAAUCAGGAUUGAAUGAUAAUUCUGUCGAAGAACUCAAAAAAAGAUACGGGCCUGAGCCACCUCCUUGUGUCACUGGAAGACACCAGUUUUUAUUGGAUCCCAGCACCACCCAACCCAGGCAGUGCUCAUCUAUGCACAAGUCCAUCUGGACUGCUCCUAGUCAGCUCUUUUGCCGACAGCUGCUGCAGGCUUCCCUAUCACCACCAUCUUGUAGCCUCUCUUCUUGUCGUCUGCUUCUCCCCAGGCCGGCCCACAGAGGCACAGCCUCUCUGUUCGUUUCCUAGACUUGGGUGAUACCAGAAGGUAACGUUUGACAAAAUGUUGCCAGAUACUUGAGGAUGCCAUCAGAGCACUGCAGGACAGAAUGAUGAACAGGUAUUCCUGCCCCUGGAGCACGCAUGUCUUUGCACAGGCGCCCCUUCUCUGCUACCAGCUGCCUGAGCCAGAUGAAGCACACCCAGUUGUAAACCUCACAGUUUGUCAGUACACCUCAGGGUCUCAGCAUCUCAGCCGCAGCCUCGGCACUUGCACUUGCAUUAUUUUUGCUUUUGGCACUUUCCUGAAGGAGUGUGUAGGCACUUACCUUAGAUCUGUUUAACCAAAACCCCAACUGUGUUUCUCAGAAAAAUGGGAGAAUCUUCCCAAAGGAAAAAGAAAACCCAGGAAACACACAAGAAUACAGAAAAUGAGUUCUGUGUGAGCCCCAAAAUGUUGGCUUUAUUUAUUUAUUUAUUUAUUUUUGUUAUCUGUUAUAUUGGGUACCUAAGAUUGUUGGACUUUGCCCUUUUGACUCAUCCUGUAAUCUUCCAUCCAAGAAAGCCUGAUUUGGAUAAGAGUAAGUCAGUCAAAAUGUGAAUUUGUAGCCUGUGGAAGAAACUCCAGUCUGCAAUCUGAAAUGCUAGAGUCAGGUUGUACUACAUGUUUGCCAUCUCACUUUUCAUCAUACUUAAUCUGUCAUUGCUUUUAAUAGAGCAAAACAUAAUGAAGUUUUCACUAACUGACCAUAUGACAGUUUUGGCCACCAGAGAAUUUUGAGUCCAGGCUUGGUAGACAUUCAGAAGAAGAGAAAAUCAUAUUAGGGUAUGUAGCUCCUUAGAUGAACUUGGAAGACAGUUUUAACAGGUCACCUUAACUAGCUAUAAAAAACCUGAAUUCAGGACUAAGACUUUCAUUACUAUAGUAAUCAAUAUUGAUUUUAUUUUAAUUAUAUUAUCCUUCACAUUCAUUAGAAAGAAAGCAAGGAGUCUCAUUUUCAUAAAAAGUAAAAUUACUUUUCAUAGAUUACCUUUUUAUUUGGAGCUGUAUUCUUGACAUUUUUUUAAAGGGCUGCAUUACUAGCUUGAUCCAGGAGAUGGCAGUGUGCUUUUCAUUUUUGGGUGUGCAAUCCUAAACCUUGCAUAAAGCUGUUGUGCAUAAUAGGGUGGUUUAUUGUGGAACCCAUGACGUAAUGUGUUCAUUGAUUCACCACAUUAAAGCAUUAAUAAAAAAUCAAAUCUGAAUUAUAGAAAUGGAGUAUUAUAAAUUCAUAAUGUUAAUCUACUUGUAUUUUAUCAAAUCGUAUUGGAUGUUCAGGUAAAAUAGAAAUAUAAAAAGCAAUUAUUGCUUUAAAAAGCUUAAAAUCUAGAUGUGGAAUCACAAGACUAAAAAAACAAUAUAUGUUAAAUGAAUUAUGAUUUAAGAAAUUUCAAGGGUCUAACAUCAGCAAGAAGACUUCUUAGAGGAAGGUGGUAAUUAAAAGGAUGGGUAGGGGCUUCUGGAUAAAGAGGGUGGGUUAAGCACCAUCAUUUUAGCCUCACUCUCAAAUUCUACUAAAAUAGUAGUAAAGGAUUACAAAUAAAUAAAUCACAAACAGCAAAAGAAAGGCAACAGGGCAUUAGGAAAUAAGAUAUCAAUAAAUUAUGGAAAGUUGAAGGUAGAGUUAUAAAAAGGGUUUCUGUGAAAGAGCGUACAGAAUGUCUUUAUCAAGUUGAAGAAAGUGCCUUUUAUUUCUAUUUUCCUGAGAGUUUUAAAAAAAAAUCAAGAAUAAUAAAAAAAAAGUGUUAAAUGUUUUCAAAUGCUUUUUUCUGCUUUAUUGAUAAGAUCAUGAUUUUUUUUUUUCAGUUAGUCUUCUAAUAUGGUGGAUCAUAUUGGUUGAUUUUUAAAUAUUUAGCCUUGCAUCCCAGAAAUAAAUCCCUUUGGAUCAUGGUAUAGAAUUCUUUAUGCUGAAUUCUCUUUGCUGGUAUUUUUCACAUUUAUAUUUGUGAAGGAUAUUGGUCUGUAAUUUUCCUUUUCUUCCUUUUUUUUUUUUAAAUGCUGUCUUUGAUUUUGGUACCAGGGUAAAACUAACUUCAGAAAAUGAAUUGGAAAAUGUUCUUUUUUUUCUAUUUUAUGGAAGAGAUUGUGUAGAAAUGGUGCUAAUUCUUCAAGCAUUAGCUCGAAUUCUCCAGUGAAAUAAUAUGGGGCUGGAUGUUUAUUUUUAGGGAGUUUUUAAAUUACACAUUUCUUUAAUAUUAUAGGGCUAUUCACAUGUCUAUUUAAUGGAGAGUAAUGUAUGGUAAUUUGUGUUUUUUGAGGUAGUGAUUGAUUUCUUCUAAAUUGUCAGAUUUGUAUGUAUAGAGUUGUCUGUAGUAUUCCCUUAUUUUCCUUAUUUUAAUUUCUUUGAGAUUUGUUUUGUGGCCCAGAAAAUGGUAAAUGAUUUGUGGACACUUGAGAAAAAAACUAUGGAUUCUGCCUUUGUGAGGUGGUGUAUUUUAUAAAAGCCAACCUGUUGGUUGAUUAUAUUGAGUUUUUCUAUGUCUUUGCUAAUUUUUUGUCUAGAUGUUUUAUCAGUUUUAGGGAGGAGUGUUGAAGCCUCCAACUAUAAUUGUGGAUCUGUCAAUUUCUCAUUUCAGUUCUCUCAGAUUUUGCUUCAUAUAUUUUGCAGCUCUGCUGUUACAUACACUUUAGGAUUGCUGUGUUCUCUUGAUGGAUUAAUCCCUUUGUCAUUAUGUAAUGCCCCUUCCUGUUUCUAGUAAUUUUCUUUGUUCUGAAGUUUACUGUGCUUGAUAUUAGCGUAGCCACUCCUGGGUUCCUUUGACUCAUGUUUGCAUGAUAUGCCUUUUUCCAUCCUUUUACUUUCAGUCUUCUUAUAUCACUGUACUUGAAGUGAGUUUCUCAUAGAUAGCAUAUAGUUAUCUUAUGGCUUGUAAGCCAACCUGCUAAUCUCUUAAUUCAUAUAUUUAGGCCAUUUAUAUUUAAUGUAAUAAUUGGUAUAUUAGAACAUAAGUCUGCCAUUUUAUUUUUUGUUCUCUCUUGUUCCCUUGUUUUUCAUUUCUUUUUUCCCCUUUUCUGUGUGCUACUGGGACACAUUUUAAAAUUCAAUUUUGAUUUAUCUUAAAAAAUCAUUUAAUAUAGCUUUUUAUUGGUUGACAUAGGUACUACAUUAUAUAUACAAAAAUUAUUGCAUUCUAUUGGUGUUGUCAUCUUACCAGUUAAAGUGAAGUAUAGAAACCUUACCACUCUUUAUAUCCCCUUGCCCUCCCCUAUUUAUUACAGUCUUUCGUAUUUCCUCUACAUGCAUUUAGAACUGUAUCAGACAAUGUUAGAAAUUCUGCUUUAACAUUCAAACAUAAUUUAGAAAGCUCAAGUAGAGGAAAGCCUGUUGUAUUUACUUAGUUUGCUGAUAUUCCAAGGUUUCUUCUUUUAUUGUUUUCUUUCUGUUUGGAGAAAUUUCUCUAGCCAUUCUUUUGGGUGGAUCUCUUGGUAAGACGUUAGCAUUCCUUCAUCUUAGAAUUUUUUUUUAUAUCCAUGUCAUUCUUUAAGCAUAUUUUCACUGGAUAUAGGAUUCAUGGUUGACAGCUCUUUUCUUUUGGCACUGAAAAGUAUAAUACCACUCCCCUUGGCCUCCAUGGUUUAUGAUGAGAAAUUUGCUGUCUUUGUUAUUUUCGUAUAGGUGAGUUUUCAUUUUCCUCUGUCUGCUUUCACGAUUUUUUUUGCUUUUAGUUUUCAGAAGUUUAUUAUGAUGUCUUUUGGCAUGGAUUUCUCUGAGUUAAUCCUGUUUGGGGUUUUCUCAACUUCUUGAAUCUGUUUGGGAAGUUUUCAGCCAUUAUUUCUGAGUACUUUUUCAGUUCUGCCAUUUUUUCUUUCCUUUUGAGACUGAAAUUAUAUGAAUUAGAUUUUUUUUUUUAAUAAUCCCACUGAUCCUUGAGACUCUUUUUUGUCUCUCUGUUUUUAAGAUUUGAGUAGUUUUUUAAAUGUUCUGUCUUUCAGUUCACUGCUUCUCUCAUCUGUCUUCUCCUUCUGCUGUUAAGCUCAUCCACUGAGAUUUUUAUUUCAGUUAUAUUUUUCACUUCCAAAACUUCCAUAUCUUCUAUUUCCAAUUUUUAAUUUGUUUGCAGCAUAUUUGUAAUUGCUUGUUGAAACUUUUUUUUAUUGUGGCUGCUUUAAAAUAUUUGUAAGAUCUUAUUAAUAUCUGGUAUUUUGGUGUUUGCAUCUAUUGUCUUUUUCGUUCAAUUUGAGUGCUUACUAUUUCUUUAUAUAAUGAAUUAUGUUAUUGAAACAUGGACAUUUUUAUAAUAUAUAUGAGAUUCUGGACUUUAUUUAAUCCUCGUUUUAAACACUCACUUAAUCUGACACUUAUCUGGCAGUGGGAGAAAGGGGCACCACUAUCCUGUUACUGUCAGACAGAGAUAGAAAUCUGUGUUCUCCACUCAGCCUCCAAAGCGGUGGAGGUGAGGGCGAGGAUUCUUCCUUACUGAUGAGUGGAGAUAGGAGUGUUGUUUCCCAUUGUGGUCUCCACUGAUACUGUGGUAAUGGCAGUCCUUUGGUGCUGAGUGGUAGUGAAAGUCCUGAUUCUCCAUCAGGCCUCCUGUAACACCAUUUCAAUGGGGAAAGGGAUGGGUACCUCAUUACUGCUGGGAGGAAAUAGAAGUCCAUUUGCCCUAUGUGGUCUCCAUUGAUACCAUGAGGAGAAAGAAUAGUUUCUUCAAUAAAUGGUUUUGGAAAAACUGGACAGCCAUAUGCAAAAAAAAAAAAAAAAAAAA